GGCUGUGGUGCUAAAUGUCAUUAAAGAUCAAAUUUCCCUCUCACCUCUCGCCAUAACAUUAUUAUAGUAAUGAUCUUUUUAUGGUUGGUUACAUACACAUUGUCACUCUUUUAAUGUGAUUUUUAAGUCCUUGUAAGGCGAAAAUGGGCCUUGAUGUUUGUUCUUAUCAGAUGGAUGAGCGCGUUUGAUUGAAGCGUUUGUCAUGUAAAUACGAGGCGUUUGAUGGACGAGCCCACAGACAUGACAGAGUGUCCCCGGCCUCUCGCCAUUGGCCUUUAGCAGGUCACAUGGUGUGUCAGGAAGGUGAUAUGAGGGUGGAAGGCAGUUUUACAGCUUUGACAUACUACCUAGAAGGUUAGGGCAAGGAGCACCAUUAAUGACUGCUCAGCUUUGAUCGAUUUUAGGAGCAAACAAUAGGUGAAGUUUGAAGAUGAACUCAUACCUAGACUACCCAGUUUGUACCAGAGGUGCUAACCUCUUCAGUGCCAAGGCCGGAUAUCACAACCUGAACCACGGAUACAUGACCAGCUCGUGCGCAACAAGUGAUACUUACGCACCGGACGGACGUUUAAUUGCAGCGACUACGGGGCCCCAUCAGACCCCAAGUUUACCUCCUCUUCACCACCAAACACACGUUAAUCUUGACGUGCAAUUCACACCACCGGGAAACUCUCUGUAUGGCCCGCCGCUGGAGUACGGGCAUCACCAAUACGGCUUAGCGCCAGAGCAAGACCGGGGCUAUAUGCACGCGCAAGUGUCGCCCAUUGGGACAAACGUGUCUCCUUAUACGGGAGAAAGCUGCGGGACUGUCGCUCAGGGUGCACAGUACAUGCACUACAACAGCAGCGGGGAGCAAAGACAUCAAGAUUACGCAGAAAACGUGUAUACAAGACUUCCUGUACCGAGCAAGGAGAAAGAAGUUGAGGAGACAAAAACUUUUGACUGGAUGAAAGUGAAGAGAAAUCCUCCUAAAACAGCUGCCCUGUCGGAGUUUGGGGUCCCCAGCCAGCACAACGUGAUCCGCACCAACUUUACCACUAAACAACUGACGGAGCUGGAGAAGGAGUUUCAUUUCAACAAAUACCUCACCCGGGCGCGCAGAGUGGAGGUGGCCGCCAGCUUGGACCUCAACGAAACGCAGGUUAAAAUAUGGUUCCAAAACCGCAGAAUGAAGCAGAAAAAACGUGAGAAAUCAGGAUGCGUUUUUGGCAAUAGUUCUGCAAAAAUGGACAAACACAGUAGCCCUGAUAACUCUCCAAAAGUCAAAGGGAAAAACUGUUAACAAUAAUGACACUUUUAAAAAUGUGUUUGGAUAGGGACCAAAGCAAUUUUCUACAACUUCCCUAUCCAGCCACGCCAUUCCCAAUCACACUGUGAAAACUGUGGGACUGAACUGAACAGGGUAUGACUGACUCUGGUUUGUGCAUUAUACUGUGAAUGGACUGCAAAGACAAAUAUCUAUCAUCUUUAAAUGUUUUUGUAUUCUCCUUAGUUGUUUUGUGUUGAAGCACUGUAAUAGUCAGUGUCAUUGUUUUGCACUAUUUAUUUACAGGGUAUUUUCCAAUGAAUGUCCACAUGAUUUUAAGUAAAAUAUAUAAAUCACCUUAUACUUGUGUCUUAAACAAAGUAAA